AAAAAAGAAUAAUAAUAAUAAAAAGACAAACCUGUUUGUGAGAGCGUUGGUUAAUGCCUUUUUUUCCUCUCUCGAUUGAGAUCAACCUCAACAACACCAACGCUGUCCGAAUCCAACAAUAAGUUCCACCUAAAUCCACGUCCAAUCUCACCGACCCAUCUCGUUUAAUUUUUCUUAACACUCUUCACCGAUCCUCACAUGGCUACACUACUUAGGUGAUUAUUGUAGCUAAGUGGACGUAAAUUUGCAUGCAGUGAUAAGAUAGGAUUGAUAUACGUGGGUGAGUGAAGGUUGAUGAAGAUGAAGAGGUUGGUGAAAGUGAAGAGGGAUGCGAUUGCAGCAUGCAUGACUUGCCCGCUCUGCAAUAAGUUCCUCAAAGAAGCCACUGCUAUUUCUCUUUGCCUUCAUACGUUUUGCAGGAAGUGCAUUUACGACAAAAUUGCAGAUGAAGAAUUGGAAAAUUGUCCAGUAUGCAACAUUGAUUUGGGCAUUGUUCCGCUCGAGAAAAUGAGGCCAGAUAACAUUUUGCAAGAUUUAAGGAACAAAAUUUUCCCUUUCAAAAAAAGAAAGGAGAAGGCACCUGUAUCUGUCUCCUCAGCACUAUUACCAGCUAGAAGAAAGGAGAGAUCACUUUCAUCUUUGGUUGUCAGCACUCCAAGGGUAUGUACACAGUCAACCAUGACAGGAAGAAGAACAAAACCUGCAAGAAAGGCUAGUGGCCUGCAGGGAUCUAGUUUCUCCAUUGAGAAGCUCAUUAAAAAAGAAGAGGAAUUACUGGAAGAUCACCAAGAUAAUUCAUGCUCGCCUGACACUUCAAACAAGUCUGCUAAGAAUGGUGGGCAGAGUUUGUCACCUUGUAAAAAUAGCCAAUCCAUAUGCAAUAGAGAACCACAGAAUGGUGCUGAACCACACGAAGCAAAAUGGGAUCUUUGGAAAACUUUGAAUUAUUUAGCAGAGGCUGCAAGUAGGAGUAAGCCUUUUAAGUCUAAUGUGCAAGCAUCUGAUGCUAAACUAGAAUCCAUGAAAGUGACUGACAGUGAUGCUAAAGUGCUGAAAGCCAAAAUUAAGGAAAAGAAGCGCAAGGCAAAAGUCGAAGAUGAAAAGAUUAUCACUGAUCAUGUCUCUUCUGAUACAGCAAAACCCAACAAAUUGCGAAGAGUUCGCCCAAGAAAGGAACCUGUUUUUGGAGAAUCUAGAAUAUCACCUCAGGCUGUUCUGGAUGCUACUGACAGAAAUCUCUUAUGGAAUGAUUCAAUUUGGUUCUCCUUAGCAGCUUCUGAAAACCAGGAAGGAGAUGCACCUUUACCGCAAAUUCCUUCAAAUUAUGUAAGAAUAAAGAAUGGAAGCAUACCUGUCUCGUUUAUCCAAAAAUUAUUAAUGAAGAAACUAGGCCUGAAUAGUGAGGAUGAGGUUGAGAUUAAAUGCAUGGGACAUCCAGUGCUUCCUUCACUGCAGGUGCAAAACUUGGUUGACUCAUGGCUUGAUAUGGCGGCUUCAGGACAUAGAAUUCCAGCAACCAUUGGAUCCUCGGGGAAAGAUUUUGUCAUGAUCCUAACCUAUGGUCGGAAGGUCCUACACCCUUGAUUGUGGUUCCCAGUUCUUCCCCUUUCACAUUUUUAUUAUAGCAUGAAAAAUCGAAAACCUUCCCAGAAUAAUUGCUUCCUCGUCAACUGGCUUUCUUAUGCCACUGUUGCCAAUAGGAAUGCAGUUAUGAGGAAAUCUCCUCUCCUGCUAGACUGUUGAAUGUAGAGUAGCAUGCCCUUUGUUUCUAUACUUGUUGCGACUGAUGGUUUCUUGAAUAUUUGACAUUUCAAUUUAGAUAGCCUUUUCUUAUUAUUUUGACGCGAGUAGAGAUAUAGAAAAAAAAAGAAGUUUCUUUUGUGCUGAAACUCACAAUGAAUCAAUGAUCCUGACAAAGAAAAAUCCACAAUGGUA